GCUAGUGUGACUGGUUUCCGGCCGGUGGUGCCGCUCCGGCUGCCCGGAGACGUGUAACGGACGGUGGGCCGCAACCAUGGCUGAGAGGAAACCAAAUGGUGGCGGCGGUGCCGCCUCCGUCUCCUCUUCGGGCACUAAUUUACUCUUUUCAUCCUCUGCCACGGAGUUCAACUUCAACGUGCCCUUCAUCCCAGUCACCCAAGCCGCCGCUGCCUCGGCCUCCUUGCUGCUGCCGGGAGAGGAUUCCACGGAUGUUGGUGAGGAGGACAGCUUCCUCGGUCAGACUUCUGCUCACACGUCCACCCCACAGACAUUUAGUUAUUUCUCUCAGGCAUCAAGCAGUAGCGACCCUUUUGGGAACAUUGGACAGUCACCGUUAACAACUGCAGCGACAUCAGCUGGACAGUCAGCAUUCUCCAAGUCUCCACCUGCUCCCCCUUUUACAACCGGAUCCCAAGAGAUUUCGAAUGCAUUUCCACCAUCCAUUUCGAAGGCUCAGUAUGGUGCUCCACCUUCCUCACAGAUAGGAAUAAAUGCUUACCUGCCUUCUCAGCCAAGCAGUCUCUCUCCUUCAAAUUUCGGGAGUCCACCCCAACAAGGAUGGAAUCCCUACCGCCACACUCCUGUAAGCAGCAGAGCUAAUCCGUAUAUUACACCACCACAGCUGCAGCAGUGCCAAACACCAGGCCAGCCUGCCCACCCCUCACCCUCUGCACCCCCUGUUCAGAUGUACCAGAUGCCUCCAGGAUCUUUGCCACCUAUGAUUCCUCCUCCAGUGCAGUCAGGGUUGUCCUCUCCAACACAGCAGCAGGCACUUGCUCGACCUGUGGGUCCCUCUGUGCAGAGCCAACCUCCUUUUACACUUCAAAACCAAUACGAACCUGUUCAGCCCCACUGGUUUUACUGCAAGGAGGUAGAAUGCAAACAACUGUGGAUCCCUUUCAGUGUGUUUGACUCUUUGAAUCUUGAAGAAGUCUAUAAUUCAGUCCAGCCAGACCCUGAGAGCGUGGUUCUAGGCACAGAUGGAGGACGCUAUGACGUUUACCUCUAUGACCGAAUGAGGAAAGCCGUGUACUGGGAAGAGGAGCCAGCUGAAGUGAGACGCUGUACUUGGUUUCACAAAGGGGACGCAGAUAGCAGAUUUACUCCGUAUACAGAGGAGUUCAGUGAAAAGCUAGAGGCUGAAUAUAAAAAAGCUGUAACCACGAAUCAGUGGCACCGCAGAUUAGAGUUUCCAAGUGGAGAGACAAUUGUUAUGCACAAUCCAAAGGUCAUUGUUCAGUUCCAGCCUUCAUCAGUGCCAGACGAAUGGGGAACCACACAAGAUGGACAGACAAGGCCCAGGGUUGUGAAACGUGGCAUCGAUGAUAACCUUGAUGAAAUUCCUGAUGGGGAAAUGCCUCAGGUUGACCAUUUGGUGUUCAUGGUGCAUGGCAUUGGACCUGUGUGUGACUUGCGCUUUAGAAGCAUCAUUGAGUGUGUGGAUGAUUUUAGGGUGGUUUCUCUCAAAUUGCUGCAGACACAUUUCAAGAAAUCUUUAGAUGGUCAGAAAAUAAGCAGAGUGGAGUUCCUUCCAGUUCAUUGGCACAGUUCCUUGGGUGGGGAUGCCACAGGUGUUGACAGGAAUAUUAAGAAAAUCACUUUACCAAGUAUUGGUCGGUUUCGUCACUUUACCAAUGAAACCUUGCUAGAUAUUUUAUUUUACAACAGCCCCACCUACUGUCAGACCAUUGUGGAAAAAGUGGGAAUGGAGAUAAACCGCCUGCACGCACUCUUCAUGAGUCGGAACCCGGACUUCAAAGGAGGGAUCUCUGUUGCUGGUCACAGCUUAGGUUCUUUAAUAUUGUUUGACAUCCUGUCCAAUCAGAAAGAUUUGACUUUAUCAAAGCCUCUUGGGCCUUUUGCUGUUGCUAAUGGGGUUGUGAAGCAGCCACAGUUUCAGGAAAAGCAGAUGCCUGAAGAGCCAAAGCUGACAUUGGAUGAGUCUUGUGACCUUGAUGUUGAAAAUGAAGAAGUCCUAACUUUGCAAGAAACUCUGGAAGCACUUAGCCUCUCUGAAUAUGUUAGCACCUUUGAAAAGGAAAAGAUUGAUAUGGAAUCUCUGCUUAUGUGUACUAUUGAUGACCUGAAGGAAAUGGGGAUACCCCUGGGACCCAGAAAGAAGAUAGCGAACUUUGUCAAACAUAAAGCAGCCAAACUGGAACAAAAAAAAGCAGCAUCAGAAAAGAAGGCGAUGGCUGCUUCGACGAAAGGACAAGAGGAAGGUGCUCAGAAAGCCAAAGAAAUGGCUUCUCUCCCCUCGGAAUCGAAUGAGUCCAAGAGGAAACUUCCAGUUGGUGCUUACGUUUCUUCUGUGCACGUGGAUUAUGAGUCUUUUGAAGUUGGCACCGGGCAGGUUUCUGUUGUUUACAACUCACUAGACUUUGAACCAGAGAUUUUCUUUGCCUUGGGAUCUCCCAUUGGCAUGUUUCUCACUAUUCGAGGAGUGGAUCGGAUAGAUGAGAAUUACAGGCUCCCCACCUGUAGAGGAUUCUUCAAUAUUUACCAUCCACUCGAUCCAGUGGCCUAUAGGUUAGAACCUAUGAUUGUUCCAGAUUUGGACCUAAAAGCAGUUCUCAUUCCACAUCACAAGGGCAGAAAAAGACUUCAUUUAGAGUUGAAAGAAAGCCUCUCUCGCAUGGGAUCUGAUUUGAAGCAGGGUUUUAUUAGCUCUCUGAAAAGUGCUUGGCAGACGUUAAAUGAGUUUGCCCGUGCUCAUACGUCUUCAACUCAGUUGCAAGAAGAAUUGGAGAAGGUAGCCAAUCAAAUCAAAGAAGAAGAAGAAAAGCAAGUAGUUGAAGCAGAAAAGAUUGUUGAAAGUCCAGAUUUUUCCAAGGAUGAGGACUACUUAGGAAAGGUUGGAAUGCUAAACGGAGGUCGCCGAAUUGACUACGUUCUUCAAGAAAAGCCAAUAGAGAGUUUUAAUGAAUAUCUUUUCGCUCUUCAGAGUCAUUUAUGCUAUUGGGAAUCUGAAGAUACUGCCUUGUUAUUACUCAAAGAAAUUUAUCGAACAAUGAACGUUAGUCCAGAACAACCCCAGCAUUGAUGGGACUUCAGUUUCACUGCACUUUCCAGAAAGUCGCAGAAUAAAUUACAUUGCCGAGAAACUCCUCAGAGGACAUUCCCAGUUUGCUCCUGUGACGGAUGACAGAAAAGUGAUGCAUCGACAAUUGCUCAGUUCUAAUUCUCAGAUGUAGGGAUUCCUUAAAGAAAAUAUACAGAACAAAAGAGACAAUGAAAACGAUCAGUACCACAUUUAGACAGUAGAGAUGAGAAAAUGUAAUUAUCAGAGUGAUGCAGUAAAAAAUUCCUUAGAUCAGUGUAGUUUUCCAGUUGUCAGAGUAACGUGUGAUGUCAAUGAAGAGGUGUUGGUAGCAUGUAGGCGGUUGUUCUGUUUCUUAAAGAGCAUCUUGUCAGGGCUAUUAAAUUUGCAUUUAAAAAAAUAUAGUAUGUUCUUUUAUUCAAGUAUGGACUUCUUGAGAAACUGCAGUAAUAUGACUUUGCAAAAAUUCAUGUUCUACUUCAAAUGUGAAUUGUGGUUCUGAGCUGCUUUAAUGUCGGGUCAUUUGUAUUUGUUAAGAUGAAAUAACCAAGACCCCUUAUAUUCCAACUUGAAUCCGAGGUUUUUAUGAAGCCUUUCAAGCUGUUGCUGGGAGCGUAGUUGUGGAAGGAAGUGAAAUGCUCCCAACUGCACAGACGUCCUGUGCCACGCUCUCCCCACACGCCCACCGCCACUGGGACAGGGGAGCCAGUGGGAGGGUCUCCAUUGUGUUACUAAGGUCGCUCGCUGUGCGGUCCUCUCAUCGCUCAAGUUCAGCUAAUGUAAGAGCCAAACGAGAGUCUUUUUGCUUUGUAAUAAUUUCACUUACACCAAAGUGUUUGAAAGUAUGAAAUAUAUUGCUUUCUAGACUAUGAACCUACUUCAUGAAAAGACUUCUGUGAUAUUUCAUUUCGUUUUACUAUAACUUCAAAUUAUCUUAAAUAUUUUCCUAAUAUUACAUGGGAAUGCUGACUUCUCUUUUGUUAUGCAGUAGAAACAUUUUACACUGUUUAAAUAGUUCUCAUGGAACAUAUGGUUUUUUGAAAGCAACAUAUGAUACACAUUUUUGUGUGUAUAUAUUCUAAUUAAUGUGAAUGAAACAGUCACAUCAAUGCAUUCUUUUUAAGCAGCAAAUUUCUGUAUAUCUCUUGUCUUCCUUAAAAGUAUUCCUAUGAGGUUUGAUUGUGAGUACUUGCUGUAUAUAGAUACUACGUAUAGCAUUUGCUCCUGAUCAUAGAAUUAGGACAGUAGAAUUUAGAGCUGCAGUUGACUGCAGACAACCUAUAAGUCAACCACCUUUCUGUAGCUGAAGACAGGGCGCUAAAUGCCUUUCUCAGGCUGCUCAGGGGCGGACUGGGGCUGGGACACAGUUUCCCUGACUGCCUUCCCGCCUUCAUUUCUCUACGCUAGUGCUACUACUUUUCAUUUACUUUUCACUUAAAGUCCCCACACUGAUGAAUUUCAGAAAAAUGAGGGUUAUUUAUGUAUAUUUUAAUAAAAUCCACUUUGAUUUUU